GCGCGCGUUGACUGGCCCACGCGCACGCCAAAUCUGCGUUUCGCGAUACACAUUCGCACAAAUGCAAACAGCUUCCCAUUUUCAAACAAAAUCCUUUUAUAGUAGCAAAGCUCGGUCGCUCUAUAAAUAACGCCAACCGGUGGGCCGAUGUGCUCUAGCGAGUCCGCGAAAUCUGUGCAAAUGUUAUGUUAUAAACUUGAGAUAUUGGACUAUUAUUGCAACUCUGAACCGAAUAAGGAGAGCUGAACGCUAGGCGUCUUGGAAGUGUAUGAUCGUGAAGUAGACGCGGAGUGCUCUACUUCGUGCCGAGAGCCGGUUCGAAUGGUGUCAAGUGUUUAUUAAGAUGAAGACGGCGAUUUAAUCGGUCACUUGGAACAAUGUGUUUGUGUAUCGCAACUCGCUAAUUGUGACUUAUUGUGUAAACACAGAAAAUAGCUUCGUAAAAAUUUACGAACUGAAAUGUACUUUGAAUCAGUCUCUUUGUGAAGUUGUUUGUGAUUAAAGUUUAGUGUUUGUGGUCGCUUAUUGAAGAUGUAUUACAACGGGAGGUUGGACAGUAGUAGUACGUCCACAUCGUCGGGUAGUUCAGACUUGCGGGUGGCCGGCGCCGUCGAGCUCACAGACUCCGCCAAUACCGCACAGAUACUCGCACAAGUACAAAACUCUGACAGAGCACGAUUCUCGGACACGAGUUGGCAAAUCCACCGCACUUGGAUGCGCAAUGGCGACACGCUCCCGCUGUCGCCCACGCCCUCGCGCUCCCUGCCCGCGCCGCUCACCGCUCCGCCGCCCGCUCCGCUCGACUCCUCCGUCACACUGCGCUCCGAACAGAACGGCAUCUACGACACCAUCACAAGUCGAGCCGCGAGUGCGCCGGCCACCCCAGCCUCUACGACAUUUUCAAGGGAACAGGGUGGUUCCCGGUCGGCGAGUUACCCUGGCGGGCCUGGGAACAGGCUAGACCUGUGCUAUGUGGCGGAACGCAUGCUAGCUCUACAUCUGCCCGAAAGGGACGCGCAUGCAGAGGCGCAGGCCGCGCAUAUGCUCACCAAUAAACAUGGAGAACAUUUCAUGGUAUUUGAGGUGAGUGGUUGCGACAACAACGGCAGCAGCAGUACCGCUCGAGGCGUGUUCGGUCGCGCGCGCUCGCUCGGCUGGGCCGGCGACCUCGCGCCGCCGCUGGAGCGCCUCUGCGCCGCCUGCAAGCACAUCGAGAGCUGGCUCGCCGCGCAUCCCAAAAAUGUCGCCAUAUUACUCGCAUGGGGUAACCGUGAACGUUUGGGUGUGCUGGUGGCGGCGUACAUGCACUACUCAGCCAUCUGCGGGGCGCCGGAGCACGCGCUCGACAGAUACGCCAUGAGGAGGUACCUCGACGACCGCGUGCCUGUCUUCCAACUGCCUUCAAAUAAACGCUACAUCGACACGUUUGCUGGAUUACUGGCUGGUCAGAUCAGAGUGAACGCAGCACCUCUUCACUUGACGCACGUCAGCGUGGCUGGAUCACUUGCCUCUCCCGCCAACCCCACCAUCGCCUUCCUCAAGAUAUACGAGAAUUUCGUCUGCGUCUAUACAUCAGGUCUCUACAUGGUAAACGGUGGCGGCUGGACAGUAGGCGUGGGCAGACUCGCCCUCCGCGGCGACGUGGUAGUCCGCGCGUACCGGAGGCCGGCGCACGCGAAGAUGCACAACGCGCAGCGUCACCUGGUGUUCGCGUGUCAGUUCCACACGUGCGCAGUCGCAGACCACACGCUAUCCUUCACCAAGCAGCAACUCGAUCAUGCUGUGCACGAUCCAUCAUUCCCGAGUGACGGUGCAGUAGAGCUGGUGUUCCUGCGCGGUGAGGGCGGCGGGGGCGCUGCGCCUGCGCCCACGCCUGCCGCGCCCCUCCGCGCCGCACCUGACGCGCUCGCGCGUGCAGACUCCCUCGAACACUUGCGACCGCUGUCUACCCUCACCGAUGAUGACCCUGGUGAGAACAACGGCAGUGCAGAAGGUUCCGGCUCAGGAGGCGAAGCAGGCGACGGGACCGAGGCGGCGCACACGUUCGGCCCUCUGGACGGGUCCAUCUACGCGACGGUGGUGCGCGCGGGCGGCGGCGGGCCCGCCUCGCCGCUCAGCGCGUCCAUGGACUCGGGCAUCUCAUCGGCGGGGCGCCGCGCCGCCCCCAGCCCGCCCGACGAGCUCGACGCGCUGCUGGGCGACAUGCUGCGCACGGUGAGCGCGCUGCCCGACCCGCCGCCGGCGCCACACACGCCGCAGCCGCAGUCGCACGCAGACCGCCCGCCGGACAUACCGUACCACGCUCGCGCCGACUCCGCGCCCUUCACCUACGGCGCGCCCGGCCUGCGCCCAGGCAUGCUCCGCGCUCCCAACCGCCUUGCCAGCCCCGAGCUGGUGCGGCGCGCGCUCGGCGGGGACCGCUCCUACCGCCCAAUAGAGGACGACGACGAUGAGCGCACCGUCACCCCUGAACUACCCUCACCGCGCACGCCGCUGUCCCCGCGCACCCUGCGCAAACUGACGCACGAGGAUGUCACCACAACCACCACCAAUACUGUACCACCACCAGCAUCUCCAGUAACAAACGGCAGCAGAUGGUUAAACGGUGAAACAGAGUGGGCGGAGCGACCGCCGAGCAGUACCCGGAAAACCCCACCAGAAAAUGGUACCUGGCGAUCAGCGAGUACCCUUGGAUGGCACGAGAGCAGCCGCGCCAGGGAGCCGCGCCGUUCUGAGAGCAGUGUUGAAGGCAGCUCCGGGUUAACGUGGUUGCAACGACAGCAACAGAAACUUAGGGAGAGGAAAGAAGCCAGGGAGAGAGUCGCUCGACUGCCGCUCGAGUGGGAUACUGCUCCCUCUAGACAUGUGCGCCGCUCCGCCAGCCAUCGUGUCGAUGGCUAUACAAGUGACACCACGGCGUUCGCUGAUGACGAUGACGACUUCAGCGUCCCCCUACACGUGAACACGCGCACUCCUCUCAGGACCGACCCUAUCAGUCCUCAAGCUCCGGACAGAACCUCAUCUAGAAAGUUCAUGUAUGAAAAGAUGACGAUGCGUGAGUGGAGUACAACCAGCACACCAAACAGCACUCCCGCGCCUGGAUUACUGUCACUAGCGGAGCCUCUUAGCACCGACACUGUUGACCGUGCGGAAACGUGGUCCCGUGCAGAGUCCCGGACGGGCACAGAGUCCCGCGCGGGCACACCCGCGUUCCCGACGCACCCGCGCACGCCAUACCCGCCGACGCCCACCCCCUCGCUGUCCGCGCGACCCCCGCGCUCGCCCUCCGUUACCAGGUACAAUAUGUUUGACCUGGAGGACUUGAGAAAGGAACGGGAAGUAAGCCCGGAGUCGGAGUACCGCACAUACAACGGUAGCAUCGGGUCGCGGCGCUCCAGCGUCAGCGGCACGGCCGAGCCGCAGCACGUGGCCCCCGACCGCGUGCGCUUCGCAAGGGAUACCAGCCACUACUGGUACAAGCCCAACAUCUCCAGGGAUGAUGCCAUAUCAGCUCUACUGCAACUAGAAGAAGGUGCGUUCAUAGUCCGGGACUCCAACUCAUUCCCGGGGGCGUUCGGGCUGGCGGUGAGGGCAGGAGGCGCGGGGGGAGUGCGUCACUUCCUGGUGGAACCCACGGCGCGUGGAGUGCGCCUGCGCGGUUGUCCCGACGAGCCCGUGUUCGGAUCGCUAUCUGCUCUCGUCUACCAACACACGGUCACGCCUUUAGCACUUCCCGUACCACUCAGGCUACCUGAUAGAGACCCGUGGACAGGAGGCAGUGCAAACGCAGCGGCUCGUGCACUUUUAGCGACCGGCGCUGCUUGCCACGUGUUACUACUAGGGACCGAAAACACUGAAGCUUUGACCGGACCAGCUGCUGUCAAGAGGGCUGUGACCAACAUUCUUACCAAAAAGGGGCCGGCGCAUGUUGUGCACUUCAAGGUGUUUGGUGGCGGCAUCACACUGACGGACUCUGCUCGGAAGCUGUUCUUCCGGCGGCACUACCCGGCCGCUGGCGUGUCUUACGCGGGAGUCGACCCUGAUGAGCGCCGCUACACGCACGUCGACAACAACGCGCAGUUUGAAAAGAGGAUAUUUGCGUUCGUAGCGCGAGCGUCUUCGGGCUCCGACAACCAGUGUCAUGUCUUUGCAGAGCUGGAGCCCGAGCAACCAGCCACCGCCAUAGUCAACUUUGUUAACAAGGCUUUGUUGGGAAACACGCAGAAAAAAGAUAUCAUCUAAGAAGACGGAGAGUUUGAAGUUGAAUAUUCCACUAAUGAAAUACUCACAAACGGAUCAAGUGUGAAACACGAAACAUUGAAUGAAGUACAUACGGAGAGACGCCAUUGUUGUAACAUACGAGUUUAUAAAAAUACAUGUUUUUAUUUAUAUGUCGCAUUCUAUUUAAAUGUUUAAUUGGAUAAGGUUAUCAAGAUCUUUUAAUUUUUAAUUGUCUCCGAAGAUUUUAUCCACAAUACGCUUCACUUUCACCAAGUACAAUUAACGGUAAAUGUGUGUGACUACAUACAUAAUAUAAAUAUAAAUUAUAACUUAGUUUAGGGAAGGAACUAACUAGUCUCAUAUUAUUUAAUAUAGAGUAGUGAUAUUACGUGUGCCUAAUGAAUAUUAGAUUAUUUAAACUUAAUCCAGUGCAUGUUAUGAUGAGGUCCCACCACGAGUUGAUAACAAAAUCAAUUAACAAAGUCGAGCAAAGUCAAUGUAACACUAAUGAACGAAUGCAUUGUAACCAGUACAACGAAACGAAAUCGUAAAUAGUACAAGGCUUAUCAUAAAAAUCUAGAUAAACUAAUUAAUUAAUUUUGCAAUAGCUUUCAUGUGUACAAUUAAAUUGAAGGCAGUUUUUAAAUGAGUUUUAUCAUUCAUGCAUACCAAUUAGCUUUUAAUAAUUGUAAGAAAAAUGAAUCAUUGCCUUAAUACUUAAUGCUGAGAUAUUAAAAUGUUGGCUUCUUGGUUUAGAAUAAAUAAAUGAAUUCCAUAAAGAUUAUAAAAUGUUCUUCUAUUUAAUAAAGUGUAAAUGCCUUAACAAUGAGUAAACUGCAAGUAAAUGAAUACCUAAGGUACCAUUGAGUUUGUCAUCGUGCCCAGUUCGUGACGCUAUAGACAUAACACAUUUUAUUGUAAUAAUAACUGUUGUAAAAUGUAUUUAUUGGGUAAUAAUAUACUCAUGGAAAUAA